ACACAGAGAGGUGUUAAACUCAAAUCUCCCGUGUCUUGUACGGUCAGUAUCAAUCAUAAUCGGUGGACGCGACUUUUCGCCGGAGGAAGUAGUCAGAGAGAGAGAGACACGGCGAAAGCGGAGGAAGAAGAAGAAGAGCGUGGGGAGAGUCUUCCUCUCUCGACAAUGAGGAAUCCUGUUCUUCCUGUUUCCGAUCCUCCUCUCUCCGGAGAGAAUGAUACCUCCGACGGCAAAGGCGUCGACGAUCGCCUCUUCAAAGGAUCCGCCAUGACCAAACGCGGCGCUUACGCUGCUCUCUCUUACAUGGCCUGUGCUGUGAUGCUUGUGCUGUUCAAUAAAGCGGCUCUCUCUUCGUAUCAGUUCCCGUGUGUUAAUGUUAUCACACUCUUUCAGAUGGUGUCAUCUACCUUCUUUCUAUAUUCAUUGAGGCGCAAGAAGAUCAUCUCUUUCGCAGCGGCUGAUUCCUUUUCUGGUAGUGCCUCAGCUUUUGUGCCGUUGAAGACGUUGUUUCACACGCUUCCUCUAUCAAUAUCCUAUCUUAUGUACAUGCUAGCUUCUAUGGCGUCUGUCAGAGGGGUUAAUGUUCCCAUGUACACCACGCUUAGGCGUACCACUGUGGCGUUUACCAUGGUGAUUGAGUAUAUGCUCACUGGUCAGAGAUAUACUCGGUCUAUCAUUGGAAGUGUUGGCGUUAUCAUCUUUGGCGCAUUUUUCGCUGGAGCGAGGGACUUGUCAUUCGACUUUUAUGGAUAUGCUAUUGUCUUCUUAGCCAACAUAACAACAGCAGUGUAUCUAGCAACUAUAGCCCGGAUUGGGAAAUCAAGUGGCUUGAAUAGCUUUGGCCUUAUGUGGUGCAAUGGUAUCAUAUGCGGACCUAUAUUGAUGAUCUGGACGUUUAUGAGUGGUGACUUGGAGAAGACAAUUAGCUUUCCUUACCUCUUUUCUCCUGGUUUCUUGGUUGUGUUACUCUGCUCGUGUGUGCUGGCUUUCUUCUUAAACUACAGCAUUUUUCUUAACACCACUCUCAACUCGGCUCUCACUCAGACAAUUUGUGGCAAUAUGAAGGAUUUAUUUACGGUUGGGCUAGGCUGGAUGGUCUUUGGUGGACUCCCAUUCGACCUGAUGAAUGUGAUUGGGCAGUUUCUUGGUUUCUUAGGCUCUGGUUUAUAUGCAUAUUAUAAGAUCAUUGGGAAGUAACUACUACUCCAUAACAAAGAAGAGCUAAUAAAUAACAGGAGUGGCCAUCAUAAAGGGAAAGCCUUAGUUUCAAGGAGAAGUUGUUAGACCAUUAAUUUUCAGCUUUGGUUAUUUUGCAGGUGAAUUAGAAGAAGAGUAGUAUUAAUAAUGUGAGGCUUGAUUUUUCGAACUUGUGU